AUGUCCUCGCUCUUUCGAACUGGGCAGAUUCUUCGAGGCAAACUAGGGAAAUACACGAUCGCAAAGCGAGUCCGAGCCACUGUUUGGUUGGCGAAAAACCAAGCAAAAGAGACCGUCAUCAUUAAGGGCGUUGAAAAUCAUCCACGUGUAAACAAUGAACUAGAUAUUCUCAAACACUUUCAGGCCAAAACUUCUUGCCUCCGACCCGUCCUUGAUGAAAUCGAAGAUCCUCCCGAGCCAACUAUCAUUGUCUUGAAACACUUUGAAGAUGAUCUUCUUCAAGCAUCAAAGGCAAGGCCCUUGAACCGAAAGGAGCUUAAAUGCGUCUCACGGCGUAUUCUUGAAGCGCUCAAUUGUCUCCACCAGGGCGGUUAUAUACAUGCAGAUUUGAAACCAGAUAAUAUCUUUGUAAAUUACGCCGACCGAGGCGUAGGGAAUCAUGUGCGAUUUUCGGAUGUUUGA